UGUGCUGAUGCGCUUGGUCAGUUCUACAAAUUUUGUCUCUUCAAGUGCCUGAUAGGUCGAGCGUGUAUUGAGAUUCGUUGUGGUGGGUGUCAUGGUCCCGCAUAGGCCGAGACCCCAGGCAGCCUUGCACCAGCCGCCUUCCGUACCAGACCUAAAUCUUUGCCGUGAACUCCCGCCUAAGCCGAAAACUCUCCGUACAUUGCUCUUAACGCAUAGCAAAACCCCGAGUUGAACUUUGACCCGUCUUUAAUCUUCGUGACCAAAUUCAUCGCUCCAAAGCCCAUCACUACGAGGACCACACCAGACAUCACACAAUCAUGGCAGUCACUCUCCCCAACACAUCUUUAUCCGCAAACGACGCCAGGAUCCUGAAUGCGAUCUUCGACCCAGAAACCCUUCCAUCAUCUGUCGGCCAACAAAAAGAAACUUCAUCAUCAAUCGACCCUUCAUUACCCGCUCAUCCCAGUAUUCCCACAUCGCUGCUCACAUUGCUGGAGCGCCAACAAAGCGAUAUCAUAGCACGUACAUCCAGCACCUCGAGCAUCGCUGAGAUAGAUGCUGCAAUAGAAGAGUUGGACAGGGUGGUAGAGCAGUACCCAGAAUAUGCGGGCGCCUGGGUGAACCGAGCUAUGGUGAGGAGGAUGAAGCUAGAAGCAAACAUGGAAGUGGGGAAAAACAUCUUUCAGAACACGACUGAGACAUUAGGAUCAGAUGUCGAAUCGGUGUUCUCAGAUCUUGCGCAAGCGAUUCAUCUUUCCUCAACAUCCUCUUCCACGCCAGCGGUAUCUCCUCACGCCGCAAAGGUUCUUCGGACAGCUUACUCGCACCGCGCGUAUCUUUAUCUGAAAGCUGUGGAGUCAGGGUCGCGGUGGAAGGGGAUGACGACAUCUGAGUUGGAGGAAUCAGCAAGUAAAGAUUUUGCGGCUGCGGCGCGGUAUGGGGAUGAGGUUGCAAGGGAGAUGAGCGUUAGGACGAAUCCGUAUAAGAAGAUGUGUGGAGUCAUUGUCAGGGAUGCGUUGAGAGAGGAGAUGAGUCUUCGCCGUGGUGGCCUCCGAUAA